UGCUGCGUCCUCCUAAACUGUAAAUGAGGCUAAACUGAGGGAGGGACAGAGGAACUGCAUCUCUGCCUCUGGGGAAAUCUGUAUGUGUGCGUUUCUGAGAAAGAGAGCUGCGAGGAAAGGAUGUGUGUAUGAACAGUUAUUUAGUUUCCCCCGCUCGCGUCGCUCACUGCUUUCUUUACUGGAGGCAAAAGAAGUGCGCUUUAAACAGCGAUAGAGAAACAGCAGGGAGACACCUACAUUGGAGCUGAAACUUCGCCUCAGACGCUCCUUUUGCAGACCAGCCCUCCAUGCCAGAGCCGGGAGAUGCUCCGCGGCGAAGCCCGCAGGGAGUCCCUUACACCGAGCUGCGGCACAUCGUCAACGCCGACGGACUGCACCUGUUCUGCCGCUACUGGGAGCCCGAAAGUCCGCCAAGGGCUCUGGUGUUUAUUGCACAUGGAGCAGGAGAGCACAGUGGGCCGUAUGAAGAGAUUGCACAGAGACUGAAAGAAAUGUCCCUCCUGGUGUUCGCUCAUGACCACGUUGGCCACGGCCAGAGUGAAGGAGAUAGGAUGAACAUCAGGGACUUUCAGGUUUACAUCAGGGAUUCCCUGCAGCACAUUGACCUCAUGAAGUCCAAGCAUCCAGAUCUUCCCAUCUUUAUUGUGGGACACUCCAUGGGCGGUGCGAUCUCCAUCCUCACUGCCUGUGAAAGACCUGGUGAGUUUGCUGGAGUGGUUCUGAUAGCUCCAAUGGUCCAGAUGAACCCAGAGUCAGCGACACCCUUCAAGAUUUUUGUGGCGAAGCUUUUAAACCACAUGCUGCCGAGCCUCACUCUGGGAUCCAUUGAGUCCAAAUGGGUCUCACGGGACCAGAAGCAGGUGGAGGCGUACGACGCUGAUGAGCUGAACUACCAUGGCAGGUUACGAGUGUCGUUCGGCAUGCAGCUGAUGGGUGCGGCGGAACGCAUCGAGAGAGCGAUCCCAUCAAUCAGCUGGCCCUUCUUACUCCUCCAUGGCGAUGCUGACAAGCUUUGUGACAUCAGAGGCUCCAAGAUGAUGUAUGAAAACACUGCAAGUUCAGACAAAAAACUAAAGAUUUAUGAAGGAGGAUACCACGCUCUUCAUCACGACCUCCCAGAAGUGGCCGAGUCUGUGCUGAAGGAAGUGACGAGCUGGAUCACAGAGCGUCUCCCCGCGGCAAAGACGGCACAGCAGCAAGGCCUGUAGAUCUCAAAGAAAAAACGGCAAAAAACAAAAUAACUCAGUCAGCGCUCCAAGGAGACUUCCAAACCUUAUCCCGCCAGGCCCCGCAUACUUUUUCUGAAGCCUGUGAAACGUAACAGUCUUUCCUGUCCAAGAAAGACAUUUGGGCUUAAUGAUGGACUUUGUGUUCUCUAUAUGAAGGGUUUAUUAAUCUUCUUUAAGUGGAUGAUGCUAACACACACUUUGAUUCUAGAAACUCAGCAGCAGUAGACAGUUUCCAAGCAGAACCUUCAAUCAGGGAUGUUCCUCACAUAAUCCAGCCGAGGGGUGUGUGUGUUUUUUUUUAUCAUCUCCUAUGCUGCUCAAGUGAAGUAGAAAUCAAUGUAAGCUAUGGUUCUAAGUGCAAUAAUGAGAUUUUCUUUUAGUAUUUACAGACAUGGUAUUUUAAAUGCUAUUAACAAAUAUAACACAAUACUUCACUGAGUUGAAGAGAAAGUGUUUCCUUUUCCUUCUCAAAAAUUACAGGUGAAAAGUUCAGAGGUCAGAACGAUCAGUCUGACCACAGCUCAAGCUGACAAUAGUUUAAACCGCUGAUAUUCCAACAUAAACACUAUUAUUUUCCUCCGGACCUUCAUUUACUUUUUUCAUCCCAGUCAUUUCUUUAUCAUCUCUUUAUAUUUCUAAGAAAUGCUGUCAAGCCAGUCUAAUGAAUAGCUAAAAAUAAAUGCUUAUAAACAUUAAAAAGCCAUUUUUUAGGCUUAUAGAUUUACAGACCCAUUUAAGGCCACGGUUGACUUCAUUGUUAGAGAUUCAUAUAUCAUCUGUUUGGUGAAUACAGACUACCUUAAAGUGUUGAAAUAAUUUGUAGACAUAAAGCUGUAACAGUAAAGAAGCAGCAAACAGAGCAAAUUACAAACAUAAACUUAAUUUAUUGGAAUUUCAUGUAAUAAAGCAAAAUGGUUGUGAAGAUGAAGGAACGUGAAAAAUCUGCAGCAUAUUUGCACAAUUCAUUCAGUCACUGCUGGGUUAAAGUACCUUUUUUGUUUUAAAAGAGCAGAUCUUUUGAGGUCACUACCAGCUUUUCACAUCUAAAGAUUUUAGAUGUAGCUUUUACUUCCCAAUAUAGGUCUAGUUUAGACAGACAGAAUGGAAACUGACUUUGACUAGGCCAUUCUAACCAAUAAAUUGAGGUGGACCAUUAUACUGUAGCUCCGCCUGCCAGCUUCCCUAAAUGGUGAAUGGAAAAGUCCACUUGUGACUUCUCUUAUAGUCUUUCAUUAAUGAUUUCUUCUUACUAAUUUUGCAGAUCAGACAACUCAUAAUUGUCCUGCUCACAAACUGUACCACCUGAGCUGCAGAUCUCUACAGCUCUUCUAGAGCUGCUAUGGGCGAUAUUGUAUAAAUUUCCUUGUUCUUGAUGAUGCUCAGCAUCAUUUUUUAUUCUCCACCAGAUGUGUUUUAAUUUCUUACUAAGUUACAGAGAGAUGGACUAUUUACCAUUAAAGGCAUUGUUUAUUUAGGAGUAUCAUGCUAAAGGGGGUGGAGUAUCAAAGAAUGCUUGGAUAUUAUGAUAAACUUCCAAGAUGCUUUUAAUUUAGUACUUCAAAAUUUAAAAUAUCCAACCUUAUUUGAAUAUAAAGAAAGUCUAGAAUGAUGUGUUGUAUCCUGGGUUUUGAAUGCUAAAUAGUAGUGAUUAUAAUCAUUGUUUUAAAAAUGACUUAAUUGUUACCUACUUUACAGCUUUAGUUGAAGCGCUGAUGGAGGCAGCCGUCUACUCUUGUUUUUCUGUCAAACAACGGUGUGGCUCCCUGAAGUCAACCAUGGCCUUAAGGACCUAAGCAAUAAUGUCACAGCGCUUUUUACUUUUGGUAGCUCUUUAAUUAUAAGCCAAACAGACAAACUGCAGCGUUUCAUCCUGCAGACUGUAAUUAGCAGCUAUUGCUACCUGUUGGUUUGAUGCAUUCAAAGUGGAGAAAACCUUUUAGAAGUCAGAGCUGUUAGCGUGGCUCCAAUGUCAGCAUCACAGUUAGAUCCUUUUUGAUAUUCACAGCCAACCAUUUAUAGAUGUGUCUUUUUGAAGGUUUUUAUGUUCAUUAUCACUCUGUCUUUUUUUAUGAUUUUUAAAUGAAUGCAAAGAGUUUAGAGGACAUUGUGUGCUAUCCAAGGUGAAUGAAUGCCAGGUUGAUCUGCAGCAGCAGUUUUGUUUUGUUUCACAAGUGCAGUCACCAGGGGGGAUCCCUGCAAAAGUGAAAGAAAGGCAGGAAUCUCUGGCUUCUGCACGCCUUUCUAACUUUCUGUCUCCUCCGGUCUUGCCAUGUUUUACUGUCAGCUGCUUCUGCCUUUUGCUUUUCCCUUUCAUGUUCCUCCUCUUCUCUGGGGAGGGGGUUACGCGUUCUGUCCAUCACAUACGCCGUUGCUCUGUUACUGAUUCAUACAUCUUGUCCACAGACACCCACACCAUCACACACAGGGAACUAUUGUAGCAGGAACAGGCUGCAGGAUAUACUGUGGAGAUGUUUUGCCUUUAAGAGCUUCUUUUGUUCUGUGAGACAUGCAACGUUUCUAAACCUGUAGUGGGUUAGCUCAACUACACACUCCAAAAACAAUGUAGAAAUAGGUAGUAAUUUCUUAAAUUAAUUGUAUUUGCCCUUAAUUUGAGUAGGUAAAUAAGAUAAUUUGCAAAUGGAAUGAAUAUUUUCCUCUUGAAAAAAGAUAAUUUGAUUUUAUGCAUUUGAAAUAA